CUCCGCAGCUCUCUCGCUCUUCAGGAAAAUCACCGCAGACCUAGCAAUGGCAGUCACAUUCUUUGACGUCAACUCAGCCUCCGGCCUGAAGAAACUCGAUGACUACUUGCUUGCUCGCAGUUACAUCACUGGAUAUCAGGCUUCCAAAGAUGAUAUCACUGUGUAUGCAGCUCUUUCAAAGGCCCCUUCUUCCGAAUUUGUGAAUGUGUCUAGGUGGUACAACCACAUUGCUGCUCUUCUUAGGAUUUUUGGUGUAACCGGAGAAGGAUGUGGUGUCACUAUUGAGGGAUCUGCUCCUAUCACCGGGGAAGCAAUUGCUACACCGCCUGUAGCUGAUACAAAGGCCUCGGCUGCUGAGGAUGACGAUGAUGACGAUGUUGAUCUCUUUGGGGAAGAGACCGAAGAGGAGAAGAAGGCUGCCGAAGAACGUGCAGCUUCUAUCAAGGCAUCAACAAAGAAGAAAGAGUCUGGCAAGUCGUCGGUUCUGUUGGAUGUGAAGCCAUGGGAUGAUGAAACUGACAUGAAAAAGCUUGAGGAGGCUGUAAGAAGUGUCCACUUGGAAGGCUUGCAUUGGGGAGCAUCCAAACUUGUAGCUGUUGGGUACGGGAUUAAGAAGUUGCAAAUAAUGAUGACAAUAGUUGAUGACCUGGUCUCUGUUGACACUCUCAUUGAGGAACAUCUUACCGUCGAACCCAUUAAUGAGUAUGUUCAGAGUUGUGACAUCGUAGCCUUCAACAAAAUAUGAUUCGAACUUGCAGAGAUGUAUGAUGAUAGAGGAUGCUAGGAUUGGAGCUUGCACACGGGUAUCUUGUUGCUUAGUGGCAUGAUAUGAGAGACUUAUAUGAUCUUUGGUUUUGAUGUAUUUUAGGCUAGCAUUCCCUUGAUGGAUAGUUUCUGAAGCCGGUUGCUUGUUUGGUAAAUUGGUAUGAUUUCAGUUAAUGUAAAAAACAUAAUUUCAGUUUUGUUAUGGUUGUUAUGGUGGUGUUUGGCA